CUUAAAUGACCAACUCGUUCGUCCGCGGAAUUAACUUCGUGGGGCAGAUGCGAUUCAAUGGGGGAUUUUGCGGAGUGUCGAUUGUUUUCUAAGCGCAAUUCUAAGCGCAAUCAGACCAUAACUUCACCAAGCUCAAGGUUCUCUGGCUGCGUCAAUGGCGUCUACCCACUUGAGCACGCGAUUUCUCAGCAACAGCUUGAACUCCAGGUUACUAAUCCCACGUGUUGUUUCAACGUCCCCUCCUCUUGACUUAAAUUCGUUCUCAUUCCGUCAUCCAUCUCGAGUGUACCAGUCCAAGAAACAACUCCAAAAACGCCGUCCGUUGUCUUCAAUCUCAUCUACAAUCCUUCAAACCACUCAAACCAGAUCCAUAUCACACACAGCAACAAUGGCAGGCACUAUCCGAGCCCUCGUCUCCCAAGGCGACAAGACCGCCAAAGUCCAAGAAGUCCCUAAGCCUCAGCCCGGUCCCGGCGAGAUCCUCGUCAAGAUCUCCACCGUAGCCCAGAACCCAACCGACUGGAAAGCCACAGCCGGCGCUCCCGCAGGCCGCACCGUCGGCUGCGACUUCCCCGGCACCGUCGCAGACCCCAACGGCUCCUCCCUCAAAGAAGGCCAGCGCGUCGCAGGUUUCGUCAUGGGAACCAGCGACGACCCACCACGCGGCGUCUUCGCGCAGUACGCCGUCAUUGAGAGCAGCCUCGUCUUUCCCGUCCCUGAAUCCGUCACGGAUUCCCAGGCGGCAGUCAUCCCCUUGGCCUUCGCCACCGCUGUUCAGGCGCUGUUCCAGCGACUGAGACUUCCUGAGCCGACGAGCCCGUCCAAGGAGGCGCUUCCUGUCUUGAUUAAUGGCGGAACGGGCAGUGUUGGAUUAUAUGCCAUCCAGCUGGCGAAGAAGGCUGGGUUAUACGUCAUCGCGACUGGAGGCAAGAAGAACCACGAGCUGCUGAGGAGUCUCGGUGCGGAUGUGGCGAUUGACUACCGCGAUGCCGACUGGAUUGAGCAGGUCAAGACGGCUGCGAAGAAGAAUCUGAAGCACGUCUUUGAUGCUAUCAGCGAAGUCGAGACCACAAAGGCUGUCGCGACGGCGCUCUCCCCCGAGGGAGGCCACGUCGUUUGUAUUCUGCCGCGCAAGGCGAAGGAGGUCGGCGCUCCUGAGGGAGCAAAGGUCGAGAGCACGUUGGUGUACUCAGUCUUUGGAAGGGCGCUGUCCUAUGGAAGCUUUGACAACAUUGAUGGUGAGAAGCCUGAGGAUAAGAAGUUUUGGGAGAAGUACCUGGGGCUUCUGCCCAAGUGGUUAGAGGAUGGCUCCAUCAAGCCGAACCCGCAAAAGGAGUUUGGUAGUCUGGAUGAUAUCAACAAAGGCUUUGAGUUGCAGGCCAAGGGAGGUGUGAGUGCUGAGAAGCUGGUCUACAAGAUUGUUUAGACCACUUAUACAUGAAGGAAACAAACAGCGAUUGGAGUUAUUAUUAUUUAGCUAGUCAGAUACUGGCUUGUGACUUUGCCUAGAUACAUCGCAUGCGAUGGCACUAAGAGAACGAAUACAAUGUGAACACUCCUUCACCGCCGUGAAUUCCUCUUUGGUCAUUUUUCUUCUGCCCUCAGGUCGCUCUUGCCCUUGGGAAUCACCCUCUCUUGCUCUUGC